AUGCCCCCUAAGAAGGUUGAAGCUGUCAAGGACAAUGUUGUCGCCUUUGGAAGAGUUCGCAAGAACCUAAAGAUGGGAUGCGUUGGUCUGCCUAACGUGGGAAAGUCGAGCCUGUUCAAUCUCUUGACUGAGCAAAGCGCCGCAGCAGAAAACUAUCCUUUUUGCACGAUAGAGCCUAACGAGGCGAGAUGCGCUGUUCCUGACGCUCGAUAUGUAACCGACAUCGCCGGCUUGAUCAAGGGGGCUUCACAAGGCGAGGGGCUUGGAAACUCGUUUCUAUCUCAUAUCCAAGCCGUUGACGGCAUGUUCCACAUUGUCAGAGCGUUCGAUAACGAUGAAGUUUUACAUGUCGAUGACUCAAUCAAUCCCGUCCGCGACUUGGACAUUCUGCAAAAGGCAAUUAUCGCCGAGGAAGCAAUCGUCAAAAAAGCGGGUGGAAAAUACAAGAUGUUACCUCUUUUUACAGAGACUACAACGAAAGUCAAAGCAAUGCUAGAGAAUGACCAGCCAGUCAGAGAUGGAAGUUGGACACCGGCUGAGAUUGCUCUCAUCAACGAGAAGAUACAACUAAUCACCACCAAGCCCACCAUCUACCUUGUCAACCUUACAAUGAAAGAUUACCUUAGACAAAAGAGCAAGUACCUGCCGUCUAUAUCUAAGUGGGUCACCGAGCACGGAGGCGUUCCCCGAGACAUUGUCCCCUUCUCUAUCGAAUUUGAAGAGAAGCUUUACAAAACAAAGGACGACCCGGCUGCACAGGCUGAAUUUCUGAAGGAGAGCAAGGUUAAGUCUAAGUUGGACAAGAUCAUUACAGAGGGAUUUACUAAACUCGGCCUACAAUACUAUUUCACUGCCGGUGAGAAGGAGGUUAGAUGUUGGACAAUUCCUAAGGGAUACCUAGCACCGCAAGCUGCGGGAGUCAUUCACAGCGAUUUUGAGAGGGGAUUUAUCAAGGCUGAGGUGGUCGCCUACCAAGAUUUCCACGAUCUCUGUGAGGGCGGCAAGUCCAUGGCUCCUAUCAAGGCUGCUGGGAAAUACCGGCAAGAAGGAAAGUCUUACGUUGUCCAAGACGGAGACAUUAUCCAUUUUCAAUUCAGGCAUCUUUACGUCAUUUACCACUAUAUACGCAUUUAA